UUCUUUCGGGGACUCAGGAUGUUAAUUGAAAAAAAAAAACCCCCCACAACAUAUCGUAUGUGUUAUAAUAUUAAAACUAAUAAAAUUAGUAGGUUUGUCUGAGGAGGACGUGGAAACGUUCUAUUGGCUAUGGUGUUGUCUCCUCCAAUCAAGUCCCGACACGUGAGUGAGACAACGGGCAGCUUAAACGACAUCGUGGAGUUGAGAAAAGGGGGAGUGAAGGGAAGUUCCGGUCCAACUCAUCAAGUUUGAGUUUCCUUUACAAACACCACUUUAACGUUGGUGAUCUGUUCUUCUUCCUUCCUGUUUCUAAAACUGGAAACAGCAAAGAAAGGAAAAGCUAAACUAAUUCUUCGAUUGAAGUACCUUUUUUCUUUUGUUCAAAAUCAAUUACACCCAUAUUAGAUUUUUGAGCGACAAGACUAGCAGCUAUUGACAUUAUUGAAGUUUUCUUAAUUUAUCUCUGAUCUGGUCUUUACUGAGAAGAAGCAGGGAUCUGAUUCCUAGGUUCUUAUUGUUUCGUACAUCAGAUGGCGGGAAAGGGAUGGAAGAGAAGCGUUGAAAUUGCGUGGAUUGCAAUGGGUUUGUUUCUGUGGAGUUUAAAAGGAACACAAGGAGUGAGAUUUGUGAUAGACAGAGAAGAAUGCCUAUCUCAGGAUGCCAAGUACGAAGGAGACACUCUUCAUGUCUCUUUCGUCGUCAUUAAGGCUGAUUCCCCUUGGCAUUUUAGCGACGAAGGUAUCGAUCUUGUGAUAAAGGGACCUUCCGGAGAACAGAUUCAUGAUUUUCGUGACAAGACAAGUGAAAAAUACGAGUUUGUGGUCCAACAGAAAGGGGUUUACCGUUUCUGUUUCUACAACAAGUCUCCUUACCAUGAAACCAUUGACUUUGAUGUACAACUUGCGCAUUUUCCAUACCAGGAGCAGCAUGCAAAGGAUGAGCACAUUGCCCCCUUGCUUGAGCAGAUAUCAAAGUUGGAGGAAGCUCUUUACAACAUCCAAUUCGAACAGCACUGGAUAGAGGCUCAGACGGACCGACAGGCAAUAGUGAAUGAUAGCAUGGGUCGUCGAGCAAUUCACAAGGCAAUGCUUGAAUCAGCUGCACUUAUUGGGGCUAGCAUUCUUCAAGUUUACCUUCUGAGACGUUUAUUUGAGCGAAAACUUGGAACAUCCAGAGUCUAGCCAUGGGUGUUUAUUGAGUAUGUUACUCCAAGCUGGAGGUUCAUCUGAUCUGUGGUUUAACUAGCAGUAGUUGUGUGCCUAAUUUUACCACGAAUAUGACAGGGGCUGCCCUCCACCUGAUUUAUGACCAUGCGUAGAGAAGGUUUACAGAGAGUAAUUCAAUGUUGUGGCAUCAAUAGCCAAGGUUGUUCUUUGGAAGAUGGCUCAUUUUUGUGGCACCAAAUUAUCUAAUUCAUUCUGAGUGGAACACAUCAGUAUUGAUUUUUUUCAGCAAGAUUAUGUUUGUUUCUUUUCUGUUAUUCGUUCGUUAUCUUUCUUUUGGAAAUAAUAUAUAAGCAACAAUUGUUUUAAACUGCCAAAGGUAAUAAAAAAUAUGGUGCAAUGUA